AUGUUGAGUGUACUUUCUAUGGACAAAAUUCAAGUGGCUGCUAGCGGAUUUGCUCAAGAACAUCAACCAGAACUAACAGCACAUCGUGACACAGAAUUCCGACCGACAUCUACCAAGCCACAAAUUAUAUACAUGCAUCAUAUACGUAACGGAAUCAAUCAAAAGCGAGAGCUCCAAUUAGCCAAACUAGAAAACAUGACUGCUUCCAUUGGCACAUUGCUAUUCCACGAAAAAGAAGAGGUACUCUGUUUUCACGGACCGCUUCUGUACGAAGCUAAGGUUCUAAAAGCAGAGAUAUGGCAUCCGGGUGAUUCGGAAACGGGUGAUACUGGUCCUCAUUAUUAUGUACAUUAUAAGGGAUGGAAAUCAAGUUAUGAUGAAUGGGUGCCGAAUGAACGGGUAUUGAAGUUGUCGCAAGAAAAUCGCGAUAGACAAAAACAACUUAAAGAACAAUACACACCGAAAAAGAAGAAGUCGAGUAUGAAGCCAGCAUUAGCUAAGCCUACAUCUGAAGAAGAGCCGUCAACUAAUACCAAAAAGAAACCAGUCACCACAACAAAAGCCGCUGUCUCCAAAGCAAUAACAGCACCAUCAAAAGUCUCAGCCACAGAAUUCAAACCUACAUCAUCUAAAUCUACAACGUCGUCUUCAUCAAAAAAAUCCACAAUUGAAUCAGAUUCACAUCUAAGACCCGAAUCAAAACGUACAAAAAAAAGCGAUUCGACCACCUCAGCCUCAAAGAAAGGCAAAGAAAAAGAAACCGCUGCAGAAGUUGCGACCACAACAAAGAAUGCAUCAAAAUCCGAUGGAACUGAUGCAAUCGACAAAAUGCAUCUCGAUAACUUGUCCGCUGAUCAAGAAAUCAAUAAUAGCAAAGACGAAGAUCUUAAAGAUGAAGAUAAGGAAAUAUUAGAGAUGCUUGAAGAAGCUCCAGAAACAACAACUGUCAAAAAACUUGAAAGUGGUCGUGGAAGACGAAGAAAAUACAGUGAAACCGAAGAAGCGUCUCAACUUCCCACUCCAGAACGAGAAAUUGAUGCAAUCGGCAUCAAUGAACCUGAUAUCGAUCUUCGCAUUCCCGGGGUCUUAAAAACGAAGUUGGUUGAUGACUGGGAAAAUGUCACAAGAUUAAAUAAAAUCAUCACAUCGCCUAGACUUGUCACAAUAAACAAAAUUCUUAAAAGAUGGACGGUAUAUCAAAGGGCGGAAGAAUCGCCUGAUGAUAAAGAAGAUCCAAAGAAUCUUGAAAACCACAAUCUCACAGAAAACCUCAUUACAUUAGAAAAUCAUAAUUCGUCGAAUGAACAAGCGGUUUCUCCGACAACAAAAGAAGAUGGUGAUGGAGAUGUCGAAAUGGCUGAAAUGCAGCCAGAAGCUCAGCCGGAGGCUCAGACAGAAGAGCUCAAGGAAGAAGCUAAUGAAAAUUUUGAUUUAAAUCCACCAACAUCUGAUGCUAAUAACGAGGUUACUGAUUCAACCAACAAUAUCGAAGAAAACCAAGAAAAAUCAUCAGAAGAAAAUGAAACAGCCAAUAAUGAUCAAGAAGAAAAUAAUCAAAAUACAACCGCCGAAAACGAUACAUCGACAAUAAUCGUCACAAAUAAUCAACCGGAGGAAGAAAUAAAGGAUAUCUAUUUUGAAGUGGUUAAUGGUCUUCGGCGCUAUUUCGAACGUGCAAUCAAUUAUAACCUUCUAUAUAACGUAGAAAAGCCUUAUCUCGCCGAGUUAAAAAAGAACCAUCCUAAUACUGAUCUAUGCGACAUUUUUGGAGCAGAACAUUUGCUUCGAUUAUUGGUGAAAUUGCCUUUCUUCUUAGCACAAACUGAUAUGGAUCAGGAAUCUACACAAGAAUUAACAUUCCGGUGUGGACAACUCAUGAAUUUCAUGAUUAAAAAUAUGGAGGAAUUCUUCCCACCUUCGCCCACACAAUAUGCACCUCAAAUUGAACACCCAGCUAAGCGUCACAUGAAUAACAAUAGAAAGGGAUUAGUAUGUGCGAAUUGUAAAACUACAAACACACCAGGAUGGCGAGUUGGUGCGACUCAAGACGAAAAAUUAUGCAAUGCCUGUGGUCUCUAUUAUAGCAAACACAAACAACAUCGACCUGAGCACUUGUGGGGAAUCGUGCGUUCAAAACGCCAGUCAUAA